GUUACUGGCACUGACAGGAGUUACUUGGUUUCAUCUUCCUGUUGGCAAAAGCUUCGGAGGAUUUUCCAGCUGAACAUCUCUUCUGACCGGCCUGACACCGACUACAUAGCUUUUGAAGGUCUCUCUGAGCGCAAUUUCUAAAUCAUGCUGGGUAGUGGAGGUCAAGUUGCGACAUUCUCAGUAUGGGACUAUGUGGUGUUCGCCGGCUUGAUCCUUUUCGCUGCCGGCAUCGGCUUGUUCCAAGCCAUCCGUGGACGCAAGGAGACCAGCAGUGAUGAGUUUCUUCUGGGUGGCCGUCAGAUGGGCGCAGUGCCUGUGGCUUUGUCCCUCACAGCUAGUUUUAUGUCAGGUAUCACUGUUAUCGGCACUCCUGCAGAGGCGUACAUGUACGGCACGGCAUUCUGGAUCUUCGUCUUCUCCUAUGCCAUCAUGUCCAUCAUCAGUGCUGAAAUCUUCGUGCCUCUGUUUUACCGCCUGAGCAUCACCAGCACAUACGAGUACUUGGAGAUGCGUUUCAACAAGCUGCUACGAGUGAUUGGAACCAGCAUGUAUAUUGCUCAAACUGCUUUAUACACUGGCAUGGUUAUCUAUGCUCCUGCACUCGCACUUAAUCAGAUCACUGGUCUGGAUCUGUGGGGAGUGCUAGUGGCAACUGGGGCCGUCUGCAUCAUCUACUGUACCCUGGGAGGGCUGAAGGCAGUGAUAUGGACCGAUGUGUUCCAGAUGAUCAUCAUGUUGAGUGGGUUUGUGGCAAUAAUUGCUCGUGGAGCUGUGCUGCAGGGGGGACUGGGAAAGAUCUGGAAUGACAGCUACCAUGGAGGACGUUUGGAAACAUUCAGUUUUGAUCCUAAUCCUUUGAGACGUCAUAGUUUUUGGACAAUCGUUGUUGGUGGCAGUCUGAUGUGGGCAUCCAUCUACUCGAUCAACCAAUCACAGGUCCAGCGCUACAUUUCCUGUAAGACAAUGACUCAAGCGAAGCUAUCUCUGUAUUUGAAUAUGGUGGGAUUAUGGGUCACUGUGAGUUUAGCUAUGCUCUCGGGUCUCACGAUGUACUCUGUCUAUAAAGACUGCGAUCCUUUCACCAACAAAGAUGUAGGAGCUUCAGACCAGCUCCUUCCUUAUCUGGUGAUGGACAUACUAGCAGACUUCCCAGGACUGCCUGGAUUGUUUGUGGCUGCAGCUUACAGUGGAACAUUAAGUACGGUGUCGUCGAGUAUCAACGCUCUGGUGGCUGUCACAGUGGAGGACUUCAUGAAGCCAGCAUGGCCCUGGCUGACAGAGAGACAGCUGUCCUGGAUCAACAUGGGCAUGAGUGUAUUCUAUGGAGCUGUAUGCAUCGGUAUGGCUGGAGUUGCAUCCUUGAUGGGCAAUAUACUGCAGGCAGCUUUGUCCAUAUUUGGUAUGAUCAGUGGACCUCUCUUGGGCCUUUAUAUGCUGGGCAUAUUCUUCCGCUGCGUGAACUCCACUGGAGGUUUAGUUGGUUUGAUUUCGGGCCUGACUAUAACGUUAUGGGUGGGAAUUGGAGCUCAGGUGUAUCCUCCUUUACCUGAGAAGACCCUUCGGCUUCCCUUGAGUGUGGAAGGAUGUGUUGCACUGGACAUGAAUGAAACCACCACUAUCACACCAUUCAGUACAGUCCUACUAACCACAUCUCCACAGCCAAGACCAGCUUUGGCAGACAACUGGUAUUCUUUGUCCUAUCUGUACUUCUGCCCUGUGGGCAUAAUAGUGACCAUGGUCACAGGACUAAUAGUCAGUGCAAUCUCAGGAGGCUGUAAGCAGGAGAAAGCUCGACCUGAGCUCUUUAUUGGAAAAUCAGAUCUCAUCUGGUUUGGAUGCAGAAGCUCAGACUCAGAGGUGUCAGACAUAAUUGAGAAAGACCCAAGAAAUAUCCAGGGGCUGGAGAGUCCCGUUUACAGUGACAAUGAAAUUGCACUCAAAGAGAAAGAGUACAAGGAGAAGAUCACUAAGUUUUAGAUGUGAAAAACAAACACAUUUUUGGAUAUAGUGUAAAUAGUAAAUGAUGACUGUAUUUUUCUAUGUUGAAAUUAAGUGAUGAUGAUACAUUCAGUACUUUCAAACCUUUCCAUAAGAAAAGAAAUUAAUGUUAAGCAUGUAUUUUUAUACCAGUAGGCUACAUUAUACUGUAUAUGGGCUGUUCUCAUAAACUACAUUAAAAUUUAGCAAUUUUAAUGAUCAGGUUUUGUAUUAUUUACACAGGAAUAUUUAACAAAAGAUUUUGUAUUAAAUCUUAAUUAUUUUGAAAUAAAAUUUGACAAAUGUUUAUGUGUCAAACUCACAGAGUAAUAAAGUAACACUCAAUAACCACUGAAAUCAAACAAGUACAUCAGAAAGAAGGGUUACACAUGGGUUAAACAAUGGCUGAACACCUGCCUCCUCUAUGCAGGUAAAGUUAGUCAGCCAUUCAAGGUCGGCCCCCUCUUCCUGUUUGUUUGACGUGGAACUGAAACAUAAAUCUUCAGGGAGUGGAAAAUGAAUGGAGCUCGCAGCAGGUGGGGGAGUUUAAUAACUGCUGCGAGCACUUCCUGCUUUCACUACUAACGUUUGUUUCAGCUUACAGGUAGGUUCUGCUCUUGUUGUCCUAAAUUAAUAGUGUUUUAUACACUACAACAAUUACAAAAACAAGAGGAUGUAAUAGGAGAAUGAAAGCGAGAUGAGAGAAAGAGACAGGAACCAAAUUGGUUUCUUUUAAAAAGGUCCAUAAUGUAGCUUUCUUACAAUUGUGUAUAAUGGAUGCAAAUUAGACAAAAUUUUCUGUGAAAACAUUUCAAUAAUGGGAGGCUACCUUAAUUAGGGGAAAUCUGUGAUGGCUGACAUUUAUAAAAUGGGUUGUUCGAGACUUUGUUUAGCCUAUGCAAAACAUGUGGCUCUUUGUUGUCUUUAGUUUCAUCUCAGCGCCAUUUUAGACAUAAUGCCUCAUGUUCUUCUAACCUUUCUGUAUGUGUUCUUUUAAACAAAGUAUGCAUUUCAUUUUUAAUCUACAUAAUAAUAAUUAAAAUAUCUAGUGCUAAAAAAACGUAUUUUGAGAAAGAAGAGAAAAAUAUUGUUUGAAUAAUAAAACACAAAGGAAGCCAUGAUGAUACCCUUGUACCAGAAAUAAAUGUACUUAGCAAAUGGAAACGUUGCAAGUGCCUAACAGGAAACCACAUGUCAGCACACCAUACAGGAAAACACACUGAAUUAGGUUAUGUGCUGUAUGAAAGCGUAUGUCUUAUCUCUCGACCUGGAGUGACAUGCUCUGUGUCUGUGUGUGUGUGUGGUUUUUUUUUAAAGGAGAAGGCAGUUGCCACAGUAAUGGGUGUGCUGACUCUUCAGUUUUUGGUAUGUGGCCAGCUAAUAUUGUAUUCGCUGGUCUUUAAUAAUAUAAUCGAUGCACAACAUACUGGUGAGUCAUCCUCAAGCCUGAGUGCUACAAAA